UCAAAACAAAACCAAAUAAAACAUCAUUUUACUUUUACUUUUAGAUAUCUAGUAAAAAUAUUCUGAUUAUUAUCAUUGUGAAGUAGAAAAAUGAAUAAUAUUCUACGACCUGAAGUAAUAUGGAUUGAGGGACGAUGUUACAGAAUAAACGAUCCGAAUACGGAAAUUUCAGCUCUUCAAGAACAUGAUUUAUACGAGAAUGAAAUAACGUUCCAAGAUGCGGGUGAUGAUGAUUCAGAUGAUGAUUUCGAAAUAACUAAAAUAGACAGUAAUAGAUUUGCUACAAGCCUUCAUGUAUCAAAGCAUUACAUUGGAUCAAUUAUUGGAAAAAAGGGAAUAAUGAAAAGCAGAAUUGAGAGAGAUACUCGAACAAAUAUAAAAAUACCAAAACAAGGAGAAGCUGGUGAUAUCACAAUACUUGGUCCGAGUGUUACUAAUGUAAAAGCGGCUCGUAGAAGAAUCAAUAUAAUAGUUAUGUCAUCAAGAAUGAAACAGAGACCUACUCAUUUUAUAUCGAUUCCUUUUAACAAUCCAAUUGUAAUGAAUAAUUUUGAAAUAUUCAAGCAAACUGUAUUGCAAGAAGUAAAAGGUAUAGAUGAAUCAUUAUUUAUAAGGGCAAACAAACUACAUAUCACCAUUGGUGUGAUGUGUUUGAUGGACAAUGAAGAAAGGUUACAAGCUUCUAAGCUAUUCAGUGAAGCAAAAGAUAAUAUAAUAAUGCCUUUACUUCAAGAUAACUUACCUCUACGUAUAAGAUUGAAAGGUUUGUCAUACAUGAAUGAUAAUCCAAAAAAUAUAGAUGUAUUGUAUGGAAAUGUUGAAGAUGAAGCCGGCACUGACAUCCUUCAGACAAUAGCUGAUGAUUUAGUUAAUUAUUUUUAUAAAGCAGGAUUUAUGAACAACAAUGAUUAUGGUAGAGACAAGGUUAAACUGCAUGUUACUUUAUUAAAUUCAAAAUAUAGAAGCGAAUCAAAGAGUGAAGAGUCCCACGGAAGGAAAGUUAGAGAAAAAUUCGAUGGUUCUGAAAUACUGAAUAAAUUUGCUGAUUAUGAUUUUGGAGUAACAGAAAUAACUGAAUUUCAUCUUUCCCAAAGAAAGACAAUGGGUCCUGAUGGAUAUUAUCAACCAACGUUUGUUAUUUCUCUAAAUAAAAAUUAAUUGUUA